GUCCUUUCAGUAAUGGAUCAUUAACCAAUGCUAAUAUUGGCAUUCUUUGUUGCUCGGAUUUCAUUUAUCUAUUUGUGUGAUUAUAAUUCAUCUGGUUCUGUGGCUCAUUUGAAUGUUAGAAUUCGUUUGAUUUCUUCUUGCAAAAAUAAAAAUUGGGUGUUUAUUUCAAUUUGUGGGGAUUUGAGUUGUUAGGAAUUAGUGAUGGAGACCAAAGCUGUGAUCAAUACCAGUUCUACAGAAAAAGGCGUGUUGCAAACCGCAGAGUUGUACAAGUAUAUAAUGGAUACUAGUGUGUAUCCACGCGAACAAGAAUGUCUCAAGGAGCUCAGAGCUAUCACUUCCACUCAUCCAAGGGCUGUGAUGGGUACGGCACCUGAUGUGGGACAGUUUAUGGCCUUGCUUUUAAAGGCAAUCAACGCGAAAAAGACGAUUGAAAUUGGAGUGUUUACUGGAUAUUCCCUUCUCGUAACUGCCCUCACAAUUCCAGAUGAUGGAAAGAUCACGGCCAUAGACAUGAACCGAAGCUCGUACCUGAUUGGAUUACCUAUCAUCGAGAAGGCCGGGGUGGAGCACAAGAUCAAUUUUAUCGAGUCCGAGGCUCUUCCGGCUCUUGAUCAGUUGCUGAAAGAUCCUGAGAAUAAGGGGACGUUCGACUUUGCGUUUGUUGAUGCUGAUAAAGCCAACUAUGCAAAUUACCAUGAGAGAGCGUUGGAGCUUCUGAAACCGGGACGUAUAGCUGUUUACGAUAACACCCUUUGGGCAGGGACGGUGGCGAUGGAUGAGGGUUCGGUUCCGGAGAGCAAGCUGGCGACGAGGAAAGAUUCGAUAGAGUUUAACAAGUACAUUGCAGGUGACGCUAGAGUGCAAAUCUCUCAAGUCCCUCUUGGUGAUGGGAUCACUAUCUGUCGCCGCAACUGAAAUUCUUCAUCUUUUGGAUGAUGCUCCUCAUCAAGCAUUUCAAUAUGUCGGAAUAAAUUGUUAAGUGAUUGUUGUUGGAUGCUCUGCAAAUUAUUAUAUGAUAUGAUAUGAUAUGAUAUGGUUUUGUUGCA